UGCUCUGAAUUCAAACGCGGUUUCUUCGUCCCUACGGAGGAGAACGGAAUUCCAUCUAUAUUAUCUUAAACAAUCCAUACCGGAAAAUUGUUGUAUUUUCAUCUGUUUACAGAGAAAUGAUUUCGAAUUACGUGAUCUCGACGGAAUUUUCUCUCUGAUAGAGCUGAAAAUCUAUAAUGCAGAACCAGAUUGUUUGUGGGGGGUGUAGGACUGUCCUCCUGUAUCCCAGAGGAGCUUCUAAUGUUUGCUGUGCAGUUUGCAAUGUGGUUACUCCUGUACCACCAUCUGGCACGGGAAUGGCGCAGUUGGUAUGUCGUGGCUGCCAUACAUUGCUAAUGCAUUCCCAGGGGGCAACCAGUGUCAGAUGCUCUUGCUGCCACACGAUGAACUUUGUGCCAGCAGCACCUGCGGCAGCACCUGACAAUGUUGCUCAUGUCAACUGUGGGAACUGCAAUACUGUGCUGAUGUAUCCGGCUGGAGCUCCAUCAGUUAAAUGUGCAAUCUGUCACUUCAUCACAAAUGUUAAUACUGGUGACAGGAGAUUCCCUGUUCCUCACAGACCUGAUGGAGUUUCUGCAUCUGCAUCAUCGCCAUCUAAUACUGCGGGAACUAACCGCCCUCGGAAUGAAACUGUUAUUGUGGAGAACCCCAUGACCGUUGAUGAAAGUGGGAAAUUGGUGAGAAAUGUGGUCGUUGGCGCUACAACAUAGGAAAGAGGAAACAGAAAUGAGACGUGCACCUGAAUUCGGACAAGGAAUCCUGUUAUGUACGGCUCUUUGGAGCAAUUGUUUGUUUCUAGAGAGGGUAUGUGUAUGUGUGUACACAGCAUCUUUGUAUAGUAAUUCUAAUUAAGUGACAAGAUAUGGCUGAGUUUGUUGUGCACGUACAGUACAUGCAUUCAAUAUAACUUCUUUUAUAUUA